AGGCGUGCUUCCUGUGCCGCAAGCUCUGGUCCGCCGUAGACUGGGGGGAGAGUUUAGAAGGGAACGCACUUCCGGUGCCCUUUCUCCCGCGAGCACCUGGAGCCGGACCCUCGUGUGGAGAGUGCGAUCCGUAAACUGGAGAGCUGUAGAGGCGGGCCGGCACCCCCUUCGGACCACUGGUGCCGCCGGCCUCAGGACCGAACAUGGCCCAGAACUUGAAGGACUUAGCGGGACGGCUGCCCUCCGGGCCCCGGGGCAUGGGCACGGCGCUGAAGCUGCUGCUGGGGGCCGGCGCCGUGGCCUACGGCGUCCGCGAGUCGGUGUUCACCGUGGAAGGAGGGCACAGAGCCAUUUUCUUUAAUCGGAUCGGAGGUGUGCAGCAGGACACCAUUCUGGCCGAGGGCCUUCACUUCAGGAUCCCCUGGUUCCAGUAUCCCAUCAUCUAUGACAUUCGCGCCAGACCCCGAAAAAUUUCCUCCCCCACAGGCUCCAAAGACCUGCAGAUGGUGAACAUCUCCCUGCGGGUGCUGUCCAGACCCAACGCCGCGGAGCUUCCCAGCAUGUACCAGCGCCUGGGGCUGGAUUACGAGGAGCGCGUGUUGCCAUCCAUCGUCAACGAGGUGCUCAAGAGCGUGGUGGCCAAGUUCAACGCCUCCCAGCUGAUCACCCAGCGGGCCCAGGUGUCCUUGUUGAUCCGACGGGAGCUGACAGAGAGGGCCAAGGACUUCAGCCUCAUACUGGAUGACGUAGCCAUCACUGAGCUGAGCUUUAGCCGAGAAUACACAGCUGCUGUAGAAGCUAAACAAGUGGCCCAGCAGGAGGCCCAGCGGGCCCAGUUCCUGGUGGAAAAAGCGAAGCAGGAACAGCGGCAGAAGAUCGUGCAGGCCGAGGGUGAGGCUGAGGCCGCCAAGAUGCUGGGAGAAGCUCUGGGCAAGAACCCAGGCUACAUCAAGCUGCGCAAGAUUCGGGCAGCCCAGAACAUCUCCAAGACGAUCGCCACAUCACAGAAUCGUGUCUUUCUCACUGCUGACAACCUUGUGCUGAACCUACAGGAUGAAAGUUUCACCCGGGGAAGUGACAGCCUCAUCAAGGGUAAGAAAUGAACUGCUGAACAAGAACUCCACCCUCAGGGAGGAAGUGGAUCUUUUUCUUCCCCGGUUUUUGAGGAGCCAGCUUGGGGCCCUACCCCGCCCCCACCGUCAAGUGAUGGUCCCUCUGCAUCUGUCCUCCCAGCCCUUCUCGGGUGAACAAAGACUGACCAUUUUCAGGGGAGUGACUUUCCUCCCUGUGUCGGCCAGAGGUGUUGGGACUGUGUGAUUUCCUGCAGGGUUGGUUCCUCCCUCGUGGUCAGAAGCAACAACCACCACCCCAGAGAUUCUCAAUAAAUGUUUAUUACUUAAUCCGAA